AACUGUGUUGGUGUUCAAUUAUAUUGUAAGACUCAAAUAUUUUUCUCACUCAAUUUUAUAUUAAAGCAUAUUUUCUACUCUAUCAUGGAGGAUCUAAUAUAUUCCUUCCGAUUUGAAACCUGGCCGUGUUUUCUCAGAUGUGCAGAUGAUAAACCCUUCAUGCCAAUCUUUCAAGUUUCCAAGGAAAAGGCAAAGACUUUGGGAAUUGAAUUUAUUCCAUUUGAAAAUAUGGAGAAAGAAAGGCAGACGAAUGGAAAGUUGGUGUGCGUCACUGGUGCUUCUGGCUUUCUGGCUUCUUGGCUCGUCAAGCUCCUUCUUCUUCGUGGUUACACUGUCAAGGCCACUGUUCGUGACCCUAGUGAUUCAAGAAAGGUAUCUCACUUGGUUGAACUGGAAGGAGCAAAGGAGAGAUUGCAUCUGAUGAAAGCAAAUCUGAUGGAAGAAGGUUCCUUUGACUCUGCUGUUGAAGGCUGCCAGGGCGUCUUUCAUACUGCCUCUCCUGUUUCUGUUGAUGUCAAAGAUCCUCAGACAGAAAUCAUAGAGCCAGCAGUGAAGGGAACUCUCAAUGUUCUAAAGUCAUGUGCAAAAUCGCCAUCUGUGAAACGAGUUAUUCUAACUUCUUCCAUUGCUACAAUGUUAUUUAAUGGAAAGCCUAAGACUCCUGAAGUUGUAGUUGAUGAAACCUGGUUUUCAAAACCAGAAUUUUGCAGUGAACCUCAGAACUGGUCCGGUUAUAUACUUUCCAAGAUUUUGGCUGAAGAAGCUGCUUGGAAUUUUGUUAAAGAAAACAACAUUGAUAUGGUUACUAUCAAUCCAGGAACAGUGAUAGGACCUCUCUUGCAACCGACGUUUAAUACAACUUCAGCUACAAUUACAAUUCUAUUCAACGGAGCAAAAACAUUUCCAAAUUUUACUUUAACAUGGAUUCAUGUAAAAGAUACUGCAAAUGCUCAUAUUCAGGCAUUUGAAAUUCCUUCGGCUAGUGGAAGAUAUUGUUUGGUGGAGUCAGUGAAACACUACUCUGAAAUUGUGAAGAUUGUGCAUGAUAUCUACCCGACAUUACAACUUCCAGAUAAAUGUGCAGAUGAUAAGCCCUUCAUUCCAAUCUUCCAAGUUUCCAAAGAAAAGGCAAAGACUUUGGGAAUUGAGUUUAUUCCAUUUGAAGUGGGUCUUAGAGAGACAGUUGAGAGCUUGAAAGAAAAGAAAUUCGUUGACUUCUAAAUAAUUGUAAUUUAUUUCAAGUCAAAAUGUACCAUGCUUGUGAAGUUAUGGAUAUUAAUAAUUGGAACGAAAUAUAUCAUAACGUUGGCUGUUAGACUUCUAUUAUUUUA